CACUAACCGAGGCAUGCCGGUAAUCGCGGCGGACUAGAUGGCGGUAUGAGCGUAGAUUCGUGUGCUAGCGAUGCAAAAGCACGAAAGAUGUCACGGGAGGUGGAAGAUGAGAUCCUCCAGGAAACCCCCCAACGCCAAAUAAGGGCGCAGGUUGACGUAGAGUUUACGGCUUGCUUGUCCGCGGGGACGCCGCCGCAGCCGUUUGCGACCAUCCCCUUCUCCCGCGACCCCGAUUUAGUCGACCGCGGCGACAUUCUCGAACAGCUGCGCCGGCGAUGUUCCCUGGACUGGAUUUGCUGCUCCGUCUCGCCGUCUCGCGCCGAGGUCGCCUCGUUCAGCAUGAUGAUGGGGUUUGAGGAUCAGGCGCGCGAUGGCGACCCGUUGCUUCUCCCCACUGCUCAGGCGGAGGCCACGCGCUCCAACCUAGGUGUUGUGCCGUUUGCUGAAGCUUAUGAUGCGGUUGUGCGCCGCGCGGCAGGCCUCGUAGACCUCCUCAACGAGCUGCUGACGCCCACUCUCAAGCUGAAGCGUCCGCAGACUGCUAGGGCGUUUAGGAGCGAGAUCGGCCGCAUGUAUGCCGAGAUCAACUCGCAGCCCGGGGCCAAGGCCAAGUUGUAA